UAGUACUUCGGCAAAAUGCUCUUUAUUGUUUUGCAGUGCAAAAACUUAAUUGCUGACGUUGGGGAUAUGAUGAGCGUCCAAGUGAUUGUUGAAGGAUCAAUGAAUAGUUCGAACCCCUACUUCUCAAGCUCUUGGCGGCGGGACUUCGCUGGGGGUUUCAUUCUGGAUAUGGGCGUACACUUCAUUGCUGGAUUACGGAUGCUUGUUGGAUGUGAGGUGGUAUCAGUUUCAGCGACUACCUCCUAUGUGGAUAAGUCUUUACCUCCGCCAGAUAACAUAUCCUCGCUCUUCCAACUGGAGAAUGGAUGUUCUGGUGUUUUCGUAAUGGUGUUUCUACUUGAUUUACAUCGUAAGCAGUUUUCUUUUUUCCAGGUUAAUCUUGUAAGAACUAAAGAAAACUUACCAAUAUUCGUUCUGCUUGCAAAGAUGAAAAUGUGAAGCUAUCUCCACCUC